AUGACACAGCCGCAAAAAGCUGAUGAAAAACCAAGGUUCUUUCGUGAUGAAGAUGAAUCUGUAAUAAAUUUGAACGAAUCUCGAUCUCUUUUUGUACAGGAUGAGGCAGAUGAUUCUGAUGAUGGCCAAGGACAUGUUGAAAGUUCCUCAGAAGUAUCAAGUAAUACAUCUAAUCAUAAGGAAAGGUUUUUUGAAUCUUUGAAGGAGAUUCUUGGAGAAAAUAUGAUUUCGUCCUCUCAACUCCACACUCUUUGGAGUUCAUAUGGUCUGCUCAAAGAUGGUAUAAGUAUUGCAGCUGAUAAAUUCUUUGAGGACAAGGAAUUACUUUCCAAAAGUAAAACUGAAUCUAAAAUGCCGGCUGGUGAUAAUAUAGAGGUGAUAGAUUUGUCGGAUGAAGAAAAUGAUGACGAAUUGUCUAUUCUGCCGUCUUCGUCCCAAUUAUCCCAACUGUUUACAAAUAAGAGGACCAGCACCCAAGCAGGUUUAGAAUCACCUAUGUCAUCUGACAAGGGAAGGAACCGAUGGUCUCGUUACAUUGGGUCUAUUCAUACUAUGGGAUUCGCUACACGGCCAACCGUAAAACCAGUUCCUAUCGGAUCCCGUUUAGGUUUUAAAAAAUCUGUACCGAAGGAUCUUCCCUUAGGUAAAUCACUUCAGCACCAGCACUGUUCGCAUUUAGUUCGCUUAAUCGAUACCUCACAGGAUAGAGAACUUGGUCGAAUGCCUGAAGAUGUUGCAAGAAUAUUGUACCCACUUUUAGACUACAGCGAACAGGUCAGUCUGGAGCCAUAUCUUCUCAUUAAUAAUGGUAAGAGAUUCAGUGUUGGAGAUAAUAUUUACAUCAGAAUUGAUUGUUAUUUGACCUCACAGGCUUUCGUCCGCAUUGAAGGCGGAAGUAUUCUGAACAAAUCUUUUAUCAAUGACCAUGGCAUGGACACACGUCAGUUGCAUCGCGCCGGAGCGAUAAUGGCAUUGUUUGAUGCGAUAAAUAUACAACCAGUGUACGGAGACACCAAAAAUGAGAUGAUACCUAACUACCAAGAAAACACUGUUUCUAGUUCCCAGUUUCAGGAUGAAGCUUUGAACAUCAAUCAACUAAAAUCAUUUUACAGAAUUACACAGUCCGCGGCCUCAUUGCAAAACUUACCAGAAACUACCCCAGAUGAAUCACUUUUUAAAUUGCAAUUGAGAAGGUACCAAAAGCAAAGUUUGUCAUGGAUGCUCAAAAGAGAAUACGAGUAUAGUCAUUUAUCAGAGAAAGCCGCAGAAGUGUCUAUUGAUGGGAAUAGUAUGAAUCCACUAUGGAAGAAAUUCCGCUGGCCAUCUAAUUCAAAACAAGGGACUCCAAACCACGAAGAUGAUUGCUUCUUUUAUGCUAAUUUAUACACUGGUGAGUUUUCUAUCGAGAAGCCGGUCAUUAAGACGAUAAUCAAUGGAGGUAUUUUGGCGGAUGAGAUGGGUCUAGGGAAAACAAUAUCAGCUUUAGCAUUGAUUUGUACUGCUAGCUAUGAUGAGGCUCAUGAAAAGAAAAUUGAGUCAACCAAAAAGCCUUCUAUGAAGGAGAUGUCUUCUCAAGUGGAUUCCUCUCCAUUACGCCAUUCUCAACAUAAGCAUGACACUUAUGCUUACAGGACGACGUUGAUAGUAGUGCCGAUGUCCUUAUUGAAUCAGUGGCAAUCAGAAUUCGAAAAGGCCAACAAGGACCUCAAAAAACGUUGUGAAAUUUAUUACGGGAAUAAUAUUAAAGAUUUAAGGGCGUAUGUGCUUGGCCCCAACGCUCCCUCAGUAAUCAUAACUACUUAUGGGAUAAUUCAGAGCGAAUAUGGGAGAACCUCAACAUCGGGAUUAUUCAAUGUGGUCUUCUUUAGAAUAAUAUUGGAUGAAGGUCAUACGAUUAGAAAUAGAAGUACAAGGACAUCUAAAGCUGUCAUAGCCUUGCGGAGUUCCAGAAAAUGGAUCUUGACAGGAACACCAAUCAUCAAUCGACUUGACGAUCUAUUUUCCUUAGUUCAGUUCUUGAACUUAGAGCCCUGGUCUCACAUCAACUAUUGGAAGCGUUACGUUUCAGUUCCUUUCGAGAAAGGUAACUAUGCGCAGGCAUUUGAUGUCAUAAAUGCAGUAUUGGAGCCUGUGCUUCUCAGAAGAACGAAGAAUAUGAAGGAUGUUGAUGGCAAACCUUUAGUCUCUUUACCUCCAAAGGAAGUAAUCGUCGAAAAGUUGCAACUUUCAUCCAGUGAGAAAAGAGUUUAUCAAUCCAUGUUAGAAGAUGCGGAAAACUCUGUUAAAGAAGGGUUGGCCAAAGGUGAUCUAUUGAAGAACUACACUAAUAUCUUGGUCCAUAUUUUAAGACUUAGACAAGUCUGCUGUCAUUUGGAUUUACUCAAAAAGACACCAGAUCUCGGAGACCCAGAUCUUGAAGAUCUGGAGAACUCAACUCAAAACAUCUCCUCCAUCCUCAUGCCAAAAAAUAUUAAGUCACCAAAAAGUUCCAUUUCUCAAGAUAAAUUGGAUGCUUUAAGUGCGAACUUUCGUGAUAUUCACAGCGCUUCAGAGCAAUUACCUUCUUUUGAAUGUGCUAUUUGCACCACUGAGUGUAUUGAACCGCUGUCUGCGGUCUCUAUAACAGAGUGUCUCCACACAUUUUGUGAACCUUGUUUGGCAGAAUACAUUGAAUUUCAGCAAAAUAAAAAACUAUCCAUCAACUGUCCAUAUUGUAGAAUGCCGAUCUCAGAAGCUAAUGUGUUAAAGCUAAAGGAGCCAAUUGAUGCUGAAAGAGGAUAUGAACUAAUUUCGUUUCAUUCACAUUUCCAAUCGACUAAAAUUAAAGCUUUAUUGAGGCAUCUCAAGCAAAUACAAGAAACUUCUCCUGGUGAACAAAUAAUCGUAUUUUCUCAGUUCUCAUCAUUCCUAGACAUUCUAGAAAUAGAGCUACGUUCGCAUUUGCCAAGAGAUCAGGUAAUUAUUUACAAAUUCGACGGACGGUUAGAUAUGAAGGAACGGACUAGAAUCUUGGAACAGUUCCACGAUAAGGAUUUGAGUUGUAUAAAGUUAUUACUUUUGUCGUUGAAAACUGGAGGUGUGGGAUUAAAUUUGACUUGUGCAUCAAGAGCGUUUAUGAUGGACCCAUGGUGGUCUCCAGGUAUGGAAGAUCAAGCGAUUGAUAGAAUACAUCGUAUUGGUCAGCAGCAAACUGUCAAAGUUGUCCGGUUCAUUAUCGAUAAUAGUGUAGAAGAGAAAAUGUUAAGAAUACAGGAAAGAAAGAGAAUGUUAGGGGAUAUUGUUGAGGGUGAUGAGGCAGAAAGGAGACAGAAGAGGAUCGAGGAAAUCCAAAUGUUGUUUCAAUAG